AUGUUCCCACUGCAAAUAAAGCCUUUUUUUCUGAGGAAACAAUGUUGUUCUCGUCAGGGUUUGAAGCCGCAGAGCUUCAGGAACCCGUACGACAUCCCGCGCAGCCACCUGCUGGACCAGCUGAGCCGCAUGAGGAGGAACCUGCUGAACACCACCGUGUGCACGCUCCGAGGGCACGACUCCGACCAGCUCCACAGCGUGCCGAUCGCCCAGAUGGGAAACUACCAGGACUUCCUGAAAGCCGCUCCUCAGCCGCUCCGAGACGCAGACCCCGAGCAGCCCAAGCGCCAGCACACCUUCGGAAACCCCUUCAAACUGGACAAGAAGGGCAUGAUGAUCGACGAGGCGGAUGAGUUUGUGACGGGCCCUCAGAACAAAGGGAAGCGACCCGGAGACAGCAGCAACAUGACGGGCGGCGGGCCGAAGAGGCGGCGCUGCAUGUCUCCUCUGCUGCGCCUCGGCAGAGCCUACACCCCCCCCGUAACCCCGCCCGCCAGCCCCCGACCAACAGACGUGGACAUAAGUGACGGAGCGUCUGAACCGGAACUGAUCAUCAACCACCUGAAUCAGAACCACUACAGCUCAGACGAGAGCUCGGACUCGGAGGCGGACCUUCCCUCGGGGCCCGCCGGCCUCCAGGAGAACCACACGCUGGCCUCAGAGGAACAAGAGGAACACGAGGAACACGAGGAGAACGAGGAGCACGAGGAGAACGAGGAGAACGAGGAGGUCCAGGAGCUCCAGCACGGGGAUGAGGAGGAGAACGGAGAGCCCGGGGAAGGGGACCUGGUGCUGGACGAAGAGGACGGAGCGGAGCUGGUGAUGAUGGACGACGACCAGCCGCCACGAUACCUGUCGCCCACCGCUCUGAAGAAGCACAUCCACAUCGAGACCACGAAGGUCAACAACGAGCUGAGGACGCUCAUCUACAAGGAGAUCAGGAAACCCGGCAGACACUACGAGAAGAUCUUCCUCCUCCUGAAGCAGAUCCAGGGAACUCUGGACACCCGGCUCAUCUUCCUCCAAAACAUCAUCAAAGAGGCAGCCAGGUAGACUUUGUGUCUGUCCGU